GCAUAAUGGUAGAUCACUGAAUGAUUGUGGUAUUCGAGUGGUUAAAAACCGGGCCGUUCAGAGAGUGAGGCACUCAAAGUGCUCGUGGUAUCAAGUUGCGGUAGUACAUGUGAAUGUCGGAAGACCGACUACAGAAAAACACCUUCCCAAUGAGUUCCCAAACCCGCCCAGAAACCCCCUUCCGAUUCCUUCCAUGCCCCCCAUUACCCCCAGCCAAUGCCCGUACCAGCGACCAUGGUGAUGUCUGACGCCGAUGCCCAUGCUCCCAUACUGAUAGUGAUACAGUUCCCAAAUACAAAAACAAAAACAAAAAAAAUUAGAAAAAGUUGGUGGUUUUCGCAAUGCUCGUUGAAUCGUCAUUCCAAAUUGGAAGAAUUAGCGAGAGUAGUCAUUGAUUAAAAGGUCGGUAUUAUGUGGUGGUACAGUGUCGAAAUGCAAAAUUCGCGCCAGCUGGAUCCGGAGCUCAAGCUCGCGGAGGUUGUGGUUGAAGUUCCCUCGAGCCCGGCUGGUGAAUUGUGUUCCAAAAGACUGGAUGAGUGGUGGUAGCCAUCGUGAUGCGGCAGGAUUGUCGCUUGGGUUGAUUCAAAGGCCGAAGAACGACCAGGGAAAAUCGUACGGUCAUCGACCAACCGCUGGAGUGGUUGAUAUUAGUGAUGGCAUGUCGAGACCGACGGUGAGAGGCUGCUGCGUUGAUAUGCAGGCGGGCAUGCAAACGCACUAUGGCGUGCAGCUCGUGAUGAUUGAUGCGCCAAAGGGGAGCCACUCAGUACUAAAAAAGCUACUGGGGCUCUGCAGUGGGCACUCUGCAGCCUUGUGCUCCGCGGCCAGUGAAACCAAUCUUGAGAAAGCUCGGCCCGGCCGCAACCCUUGUGAAAAGAGGAUAGAGCAUAGACAGACAAUGAUGAGAACAAGGAGACAUGAGAGAUGCCAAGAUGUCAUCGAGUUGCUUUCCAUCCAUGUUGAAGCGAGCUGCUUAACCCCUCUUGGGAAGAGGAGGAAGAGGGCGGCUGGGAGGGGGGCCGGGGCAGGGAGGAAGCUGGGAAGGGCGCUGAGCGGCAGCAGGCAUUUUGAUGGUUUGUUUUGGUGUUGUGAUAGUUGUUGUUGUUGUUGUUAUAGAUAUUCGUGUGGAUGACUAUGUAGUCAAGAGCCGAGUUGAGUUCUUUGGAGGUUGGCGGCGGUGGUAGAUAUAAGCUGUCGUUGGUAGAAGCUUGUGUAAUCCGAAGACUGUUUGAAGUGUCUUGAGUGUCCUGAUGGUGAGCUGAUUGGUG